AUGGCUGGUGCUGGGCGUGUUUACGAGGAGGCUGGCUCAAGUAGCCAGCAAGAGGUUAUCGACCCCAAUGAAUUCGACAACCUCCUAUCGCGAGCCGAGUCAAUCACCACAGGGCUAGGAAUCGAAGUCGAAUCUCAAGAAACAGCCAUGCUGCGAGGACCCCGUCGAUACAGCUUCGGGAACGGCAGCUCCCGAGCCAUCCCCGAAUCCCCAAGCGAGGAAGACAUAGAAUCAAAACCUAAAUCUCCUUUCCUAGCAGGCGUCAGCGUGGGCACCUUCUGGCUCAUAUUCGGCGGAGUUAUGACGGGGAAUUUCGUAGCAUGCUUCGACUCGACGAUCAUGGUGUCCAGUCAUCCGGUUAUCACGUCCUAUUUCCAGAGCUCGAAUAGUGCAUCCUGGCUUUCGACUGCGUUUUUGUUGACUUCGACGAGCUUUCAGCCGUUGUUUGGAAGGUUGUCCGAUACAAUUGGGAGGAAAACGCCGUAUAUUUUUACGAUGACUAUUUUCUUGAUUGCGACGAUUUGGUGUGCCCUUGCUCAGAGCAUGACAAGCUUUAUCAUUGCUAGAGCUGUGUGUGGGCUGGGUGCUGGUGGGAUGAUGGCUAUGGGAUCGAUCAUCAUGAGUGAUCUUGUGCCGAUUGAGAUUCGUGGUGUGUAUCAGUCGUAUAUAAAUAUCGUCUUCGGAGUAGGGUCAACAAUGGGAGCUGCUCUUGGAGGCGCUAUCGCAGACUCAUUAGGCUGGAGGUGGGAGUUUGGUGUCCAGGUGCCUCUCAUAGCUCUUUGCGUCCUCGGCUCCUAUUUUGUGAUUCCCAGGAAGCUCGGUUUAGCAGCGGGUAUUGAGAAGAAGACCUUGUGGGAGGCGAUGAAAGUGUUUGACUUCAAAGGGUCUCUUCUCCUCACAGCAUGCAUUACCUUUCUCAUUCUCGGUUUGAACCUCGGUGGCAACAUCUUCCCAUGGACGCACCCCUUCGUCCUCGCAUCCCUCAUCAUCUUCAGUCUCGCCUUCCCCCUCUUCAUUUACAUCGAAUCCAUCGUCCCCCUACCCAUCAUGCCCCUAAAGCUCAUCCUGCACAACCCGCGCGCAGGGCUCAUCCUCGGGAACUUCAUCGGCGCCAUCAUCGCCAACGCCGUAACAUUCAACAUCCCGCUCUACUUCCAAGCCGUUUUGCUCGAGAGCGCCACCACCUCCGGUCUUCGUCUCAUUGUGCCGUCCCUGGCAGCUUCGGCCGUAGGAACAGCGACGGGGUUCCUGAUAACGUGGACGAAGAGGCUGAAGUGGUUGCUUGUGCUUGGUGUUAUUUGUCUGGUUACGGGGACGAUGGCACUGUCGUGUAUGCAGAGGGGAUUACCGGAUUGGGCAUACCUGUUAUUCCUGGUUCCUUCUGCGAUGGGUCAAGGGUUCAUGUUCCCGGCUGCCUUUAUGAGUGUCCUUGUUGUGUCUGAGCAGGCGGAGCAGGCGGUUGUGACGAGUACGUUGAUUUUAUGGAGGAGUUUGGGGAUGGUGCUUGGUGUUGCAGCGAGUAGUUUGGUGGUGCAGAAUGCGUUGUUGGUCUAUCUUGAGAAGAAUGUCGUGGGGCCAGAUAAGGAGGAUGUUAUUGAACAAGUUCGCAAAUCCGUAAGAGCGAUUGCGGAUCUGGAGCCGGUUUACAGGGAGCAGGUGAUUGAUUCUUAUGCUUCGGCGCUCAGAGCGACUUUCUUUAUGACGGUCAUUCUAUCGCUGGUGGUAACUUUGAUAACACUUUAUAUUAAACUGCCUCGGCUGGGACAGAGAAAAUAA